AAGUAAUAAAUAUAAUUUUGUUUUGUUAGCUUACUUAUGAACUUUUUAAAUGGGCUCAAUUAACCGGAAGUGGUUAUCGUUGAUAUUGUGUUGGCGGUGAUUUUUACUACUAUCAACAAGAUGCUAGUGAUUGCAUUUUUGAUGCAUUCAUUUACUAUUUAUUCGACUUAAUGAAUAAUUGGAGGCUUAUAUCAUGGACACUAUAAUAACAUUGAAGGAAACCAGCGACGAAAUGACCAAUUCUGAGUCGCCAAAUAAUGUUUAUACUAAGGUAAGUUAAAGUAAAGUUGUCCAGUUAACACCAGAUAAUGAAAAUGAAUCAUAGUGCCAAAUAAGAUACUUCACAUUCACUGUCACUGGACUUCAGUAACACACACUGCGUAAUAUUAACAAAAACUAAACUUACAUUUUGUUGCUUUAUUUAGAAGAACUCAUAUUUAACUAUAUUCCCUUUAAAUUUUUUUUUUUUCUUGUUUUAAAAUAAAGUAUAGGCAUAAAGAUUAGGCACUUAAAUACAAAAUUUAAAAAAAUUGAAAUAAUUUUUUAAUAACACAGUUAGAUAGAGCAAAUUUCAAAUAAAAAAAUGAAACCAGAAUCAACUUUUUAGCUUAAGUACUAUUUGAGCUAUGAAUUUUUAAAGUGUGAGUUCGUUUGGUAUUUUUUACUUUUACUAUAGACGAAACCUCCACAUCUUGUGACCUCAUUCCGCUGCGCGCGUCAUGUGCAAUGACUAUAUACUUUAUAUAAGGCAACUCAUCGCCUUAUCACUAAAAUACUGUAUAGGGUCGACUUAGUUUAAACUUUCAACUUUGGCACAUGAAUAAUUAAUUAAAGCUUUCCCUGAACAAUGGUAUAGCAUAGUAGUUUUUGCACACGGCAAACUCUUAUGAAUGAAACUCUGAGGUAGUACUACAAUACAGCCAUUAUGCAAGUGGCUGUGAAUGGUUGCCAAUGACGUGUUGCACACGGUAAAUUCUGAUCAUUUAUUAUAUGGAUUCUACCGGGUUGUUAAAGCUCAAAUUAAAACAUUCCAGUUUAAAUGUCUUCAAAAUGCAUUCUGAAACACAAGUUAUCAAAUAUUUUGAUGUAAAUAGUGGUAAUAAAUUAAUAUUUCCUAAGUAUCGGCAACUUCCGCCAUUAAAAAGGGGGCUUGGCCCACCCCAUGGCGAAAUUAGGUUGAGCGAACUGCAUGACCUGCUGCGAACGCGUAGAAACAUGGCGUCUCUCGUAAGACACUUGUCGCUGUGAAAAUUGGCAUACAUGUAGAUCAAUACAUUCCCCAGAUGCACAAAAAAUUUGGUAGUGACAAAUCUUUUCCUUCGACUUAAUUUUAAUGAUGAAAGUUGCCUUAUAGUUACCAAGGAUUUUCUCAAAGCUGACUGAUUGUAAAUGAAAAAGAAAUUGAUUAAAAUGUAGGCCAAGAUGUCUACCUAAUUAUAAGGCCGAAAACGGAACUCAAAUAUACAUCGAAAGUACUAAUUUAAUAAUAAAUAGACACACAUCGGAAAAUUAAAAACUCGGAUUUUUCGGCGCCGAUUUCUAUUUCAGAUACACAAAAAGUAGUAGUCUCCCUUGUUUCAUCGAAGUAUCUAUAAAGAUAAAAGCAAAAUGAGUGUUCAAAAUGUGGAGGAAAAGUCAUAUUGAAUGAUAGUGGUUAUAGUUUAUAGUUAUAGUCUAGGCACUUUGGUAAGGCAAGGGAGACUACUUCAAAAUUUGUAUGGGAAUCAGCGCAGAAGAGUGAAGAGUCCAAGUUUUUUAUGUUUGAAGGUCUGUGCUUUUUCAUUGAUGAAAGGACUAUUGUCAAAAAAUUGUGGUAUUCAUCUGUGUUGAUCUGACAUGAUAUUUCAUUGAGGGGUAUCUCUCGUAUGAGAUCUCCUCUUGGCACUCUGUCUAGGGAUUCGUUAAUUAAGCCAAAUUACCACACAGACAUAAUAACCUAUCUACAUACAUAUAGUAUAGACUGAAACAAAGUCUUUGUUAAAGGAGAAAAUAACUAUAAGUAUUUAUUCAAUAAUAAUAAUAUUUACAAACGCCUCCGUUAUAUACUCUUGGUGCUUAAUAUAUAUAUAUAUAUAUAUAUAUCACAUGGAUUUCAUACAAUUAGAAAGGUAUAUCAAUGCAAACCAAGUGUCCCUAACAUACAGACUGUAUCAUCAUUAUUUAAAUGCUUUAUUGCUCAAGUUCUAUGUUCAAUCUUUGUUGACUUAGCCUGUAUAGUUCCAGUGAUGAUCUCGGUGGAUCACACAGUGUGGGAGCUCCUUCUGUUCUAGAAGCGCGUCCCUGUUCCGAUCUUUGGAGCUGUUCUAAGCGUAGGGAAGACGGAGUUCCCGGUCGUAGAUUCUGUGGGAUCCCUGCGAUGGGGAAGAUGACUCUCCAGCGAUAAAUCGUGGUAGUAAGAGUCCCUGGAUCUCGACGUCAUUCUAGUAGCUGUCAGGUAGUUAGGUGUAGGACGUAAAUCAAUCUCCCAGUUUCAGCUUCAAGGUAAGUCGGUCCAGUAAUAGAAACCAGAAAAUUAUACAAAAAUGGAUAAGUAUCCAGGCGAAUAUCCAUAAGCUGAUAAGUCCCGUUUCAACAGCAACGAAUUCAGAUCGAUGUAUGGAAGGUGACAAAGCUUGAACAUAUAUAUCCAAUUUGUGGAUAGGAUAUAAGUCUUGUCAUUGUCGGCGAAAGCAUGUUGCUUCGUGACAAGGUUGGACCAAGCAAACAUUUUAAUAAAUGAAGUAUGGGACGUAGAAUCAUUAUCAUUCAUUAAAUGUACAGGUACAUAGUAUACAUAUUGUCGUCUCGUUAAAAGAGACAUGGGUGAUUUGGAACAACAACCUGCCAUCCCCAUGAUGGGAUGGCGGCGUGUCGUAGCCCGCGGAAAAAGCAAUAAUAGAAUUCAUAGUAUCAAUAUAAUAUGAUAUAGGCAUUAUUAGAAUAAGAUCAAACUCGAUCAAAUAUUUGCUACAUAGUUAUAUGAACAAUGCAAGUGCAAUAACAUAAUAUCAAAAUCAUGGUUGCGUACUUACUAGUACUCUAGGUAGCAGUCGCAGUUAUGUAUCACGCUAAUGAAGGUCUAAGUCUAGAUCCUUCCAGCGUCCACAGUCAAGUGAUGAGAUCAUAAAAGACAUAUUCUUGCUUGUUCUGGCUAUUUAUUCGAGUUGGGUGAUGAUUCAAUGGGUGAUUUAAAUGUAUGUUUUCCCAUUCAAUGAUAAUCACUUUUGAUAUUGGGGGUUUGACCUUCUACCCUCAAAGUUUAUCGGGCUGAGGUGAAAAUCCAAAUUCACGCUUUGGCGUGAGUUUUGUGGUUUAGAAAUUCAAUAACAACAAGGGACGAUACUCCGCUUUGCUGUCUCCAGGGCAAUACUGGGGGGCUGUAUGGCAUUAAUUUCUCAAGGUUCAUCAGUGAGACGGUUUGAACACAAAAUGCACGCUUUCAGGAUGAGCAUACUGAUGUGGAAAUGCGAUAACACUAAGGGGAGUCACUCGUGCUAUGCGACUGCGGGGCAACUUGAGAGGGGGGGGGGUAUAAUUUUACAAGGGUUUCCAAGGGCGGAUUUACGGUGUAAGAAAUUUUACAAAGUCCAGCCUCAGAUCGUCACAUCAUCCAUGCUAAAAUUUUCAAAUACAUCUGACAUACACUAAGUAGGUACUUUGACAGAAAUGUUAAAUAUUGUCCCAUAGCCAUAAAUGAUACAUCAUUUUAAAGGGGGCUAGUUCUAAUAAAUUUUAUCUUCCUAUCUUUUAUAGAAAUGGAGUUAUGAAUUUUUUGGUGAAUUUUUUUAACCCUCUUCAUUAUCUUUGUAUUUAGCUGAAAAAACGUGUGACUGACUUCCAUAUUUCUGCCUUAUUUUUCCCAAAACUUUUUUAUUUUAAAAGAUAAUGCUACCAAAUUUUCAGGAAACAUUCUCACUCAAAGCAAUAUACAACACAAUAAACAACACAAAUUUUACAUAACAUCAAGAUUUUGUAUAAUUUUAUUUGAGAUUAUGUUAAGAAAAGCGUGAACAGAAAAUUUGGAAAAAAUUAUCAUUUAUAUAGAAACAUAAAAACACACCCCCAAAAAAACCAACAUGUUUAUUGAAUUUUAACUAAUUAUAUGUUAAAUUUUAAAUAAAUUCUUACAAUUAUAAAAAGGUAAGUACUCUUUUUUUAAUAUAAAAUUGAAUGCAUGUUAUUAUGAAUGAACAAAAAUUAAUCAAAUAAAAUCACCCAUAAGACUAAUCCAAGCAUACCGAUUCGUGAUUAUAUUUUAAAAGGUAAUGGGGAUGUGCUGCCCGUCAUUUUCUGGAUAGACUGCUUUGCAGACUUCUUUGGUUUAUGAAUCCCGAAUCUCUCCUUCAUCAACUUUGUCUUCGCGAUCUUCGUCCAAACACCCCUCAUCGGCAAUGGAAAUUAAAAUUUUCCCUUGCACCUGAAAGAAGCCUAGAAAUAACCUAUAAUCAUAAUACUGAAUCUACACAAUUUCUAUUUUCUUUUCCAUAUUAUUCAUGUGUGUUUAUUAAUUUGUGUAUUUUAUUAGAAAUAUUAAACAUUUGUCAAUUUUGUCUACUCUACGUAUCUUUUUUUUCCUAUGUCCUAAUAAAAUAUAAUUACAAUGAAAAUGAUGAUGUUGAGUCUUAUUUAUUUAUUUAUAGUCGCUAAUAUACCAGACCUGUUUACUCUUACGAUUUUGGCGUACAAUGUACGAUUUUGAGGUGUUAACAUGUAUACUGUAUGUUUAUUUUUUUCUAUAAAUAUAAGGUAUUGAACAAUUUUGUGAUAAUAUUGUACGAUUUUUAAGAGUUUUAGGGUAAACAGGUCUGAUAUACUCUAUAGCCAUCCACAAAUAAGAUAAUAAUAACUGUUCUUACUACUUAGACUUAGACUUAGACCUAUAUUCUAUAUGUAACAUUAACAUGUAGGCUGGGAGUAAUUUUAGUUCCAUCUUAUAUCUUUAUAUAUCCGCUAUUUUACAUUAAAAAGUAAUAAGCUAUUAUAUACAUACCAAUGCGUUAGAAAAAAUAUGUUGCCAGUCCCAAGAUACAACAUGCUGUAAAAAUAAUAUCACAGUGUUUGGAAAAAUAUGCACUCUACAUCACUGAUGACAAAACAGUUUAUUAUUAAAAGACUGUGGCGUUAUACGCAAAACAAGGAAGUCCUCCCUGAGCUGAAUGUAAAAUGGCCUCAACAGUUUUUGCAUUGUUUUUCCGUAUGCCCAAAUCCUGUGCGCUCGAAGUACCUACACUUAGAGUAAAAGCAUAUCAUUGGAAAGAGCUGACUUUAACAGUAGUGGCAGUGGACAUCUUUACCUACAUUUCCAUAAAUUUUUUUUUAGUAAUAGCCUAUAGCCGGUGGAAGCUAGCUAAAGUUAAAUUUUUGUAUUUUAAAAUUUACUUAGAUUUAUUUAGAUAUUUAAAAAUUACAAAAUAUUAAAGCUUUCUUAUUUAAUGGUUAUCGAAAACCAAUUUUGUUCCUAGUAAAAAUAAACAAAAUGGCAAAAAAAAAUUUUUUCUGUCCGGUGACGACAUGGUAAAGAGCUAACAUCAAGGGUUAAAUGGCUAUUUUAAAGCUAUUCUCAAUCUAAUUUAGAUGGCUAGCAGCAUUUUUUAGGUUUCAUUAAUGUUAAAUCAUUUUUAAAAAAAGUAUUUAAGGCAUUUAUAGCUGAUGUUUACUCUUACUCUUACGAUUUUGGUGUACAAUGUACUUUUUUGAGAUGUCUUUUACGAUUGUACGCAGAGACCCAUCAGCGAUAUGAUUUUAAGAGAUCAGGUGGAAAAUAUAUACAUUCCGGUAGUUUUUCCGAUUGAAAAACAUCAAAUUAAUUUAAAAGUACAUCUUCGGUUAUUAAUUUAAUUUGCAUUCUACAUCCAGCGGUGAAUAAAUUUCUGCCAUUUUGCAAUCAACACACCUUUGUCAUCAGAUUGCAAUUUUAAAUGAUAAAUUUGAUAUUUGCAUCUGUUGAGACUACGAACUGAAUUGGGACAAGUGUUUUUUUUUUUUUUUUUACAAGUCCUGGAGCAUAGGAGGGAUAAAUAAAAAAUGUUUCGUUUACCCUGUCUGGUUUGUAGUUUUAUUAUGCUCCUAUCUGCAUCUUGCCCAUUUUAAUGCUUAACAUUGGAACAGGUGCAGCUGUUGACACUGUUAGAAGUGAAAGGAAAAACAUCUUUGACAAACUAAAUGUACCACAAUAACUAUUAACUUUAAUUUAAAUGUAAUUUGAUACUUAUUCAUCCUGAAUUAUGCUUAGGCCAGUUUGGGAGCAUCAAACUCUGUCCUUGGCCAAUUAUAUUGUCUGGUUUUAUUAACAAUCUUUUUUUUAUUUACUUUCAGUUUUUAAGUUUUUGCUCACAAGCUCUGUCCAAGGAAAAUCCAAAGUUCUUGGAAUUGAUAAAAGCUAAAUAUGAAACAUGUGAUCAUGAGUUUCGUUGUUCAGAAAGAAUGGUCAAUCUUUUAAAAGAAACUCAAGGAAACAUGGAAAAAGAACCAUCACGUAUAUUUGUGCACUUAAAAGAUUUGAUCACUGAGCUAAAAGCGUUUAGCUUUCCCAAAAAUGUGAAAAAGAGAAAAAAGGAAAAAAUACAAGCUCCAUCAUGCUUAGAUGUUUCUAUGGAUGGGAUUGGUCCAACUGAAAAGAUUACAAAACUUUUGGAAUGUAGUGUAUCAUUAGAAAAGACCAAUUUAACAAGUGUCUUGAAGGUAAAGACAGCUGACUCUUUUGAUAGAAGACGAGACCAAUCAUGCCUCAUCGGUCAUGGCAACAUUAACAGUGCUGAAGAAAUAAGUCAACUGAAACAAUCUGAUCCUUAUCAGAAUAGCCUUAAUUCACAAGUGUUGUUAUUUGAAAAUGGUGACCCAAGCUGUGGGGAUAUUUCAGAUGAAAAUAGUUUGAAGGACAUGACUACUUGUCCAAACAGUCUGAGUACUGAUAGACACAGCAAUGUGCAAAACUGUCUAAAAAAUAGUUCCCCACAAAAGAAAUUAACCACUAUACAUGAUAUAGGAUGUUCUCAGAGCCAAAAUAUUGAGAAAAUUGUUCCCAUUGCUAUGGAGGACCCUAGCUAUACUGUUAAAGACGAAGCAAAGUCUAAUGUUUAUGGUAAAGUAGAAUUAACACAAUUUGAUAAGAAUGACUUGUCAAGUAGUAAGG